UGGGGGAGUCGGGGGAAGGGGGGCAUAAUAUCGGCGUUAUGAUUGGUCCGGUCGACUGUCAAUCAAACUACACGCCAAGGGUCAAUUAGGAAUAGAGAAAGGGUGACCAAAUAAAUGAUUACUUGAUUGUCUUUAUUGGUUUCUUUUCAUGGGUUGUGGAACAAAUGUUAUGUUGAAUGCAAAUAUACAUACUGUAUGCAAAUUAUGAAGUAACUUGACUGUGUUGGGGUCUUUUUUGCCUUUUUGGCUUGGCAUUAAAAGUAUUAGCUGAGUCAUAAAUAGCACGUGUUUAAUCACUCUGGAGACAAGAAAAUUCCCUGGUGCAGAAGAUGACCGAUGGCACCACAAGAACUACUGUCCCCUAACCUUCACUAGCGACUCUCUUUAUCCGCAACACAGUCCCAAAGAAAAGUCAGGCAAUUUUUAAAUGUACUAUAUUAUGUACUAAUUAUAAUAUUGUACUAGAAUAAUUUACCAAUUAUAAUGUUGCUAUAUUUUAUUUUAAAUAAGUCAGAAUAUACAUCUAAGUGAAAUCUAGCAUCCACUUGCUGAGAAGUGAAGUUGAGAUGACUUAAGUAGCAGUAGGCUCUUCCCAGCAAAUGCAAUGCAUUCUGAAGACGUCCACAGUUAAUUUUAUCCUCCAUAUUGUGAGUGACAAUGUGUUUAAAUUAAAUUAGAAAGAACAUGCCUGUUUGGUAAUUGGGAAGUACUCGUCGUGCCUCAGGAACAUUUUGGUACAUCGUUGUGACCAGUAUGGUCGGGUCCAGGUGCGUCUUAGGACGUAAUUACCACAUUCCAACAACGUCCAAUGUUAUGUCGUCACAACAAAUAAGGGACUCACAAAGUUUUGUUGCUGUAACAAAUAUGGUCCGGUUUAUUUGUCCUCACAACGUAACUGUUGCAUGCUUUAAUUCAUGGAAAACACUUGGUUUAUGGCAACCGUGCCUGGUGUGUAAGGUUUGUUUCUAGAGCAAUAACUUGUGCUGCGGUGUCACUUAUGCAAUUCACAAUUUACAGAUAAAUUGUUUAGUCUUCUCAAGUCUGCCAUAGUACCCUCGCUGCAGUUAAAUAUACAUAAAUACAUGAAAGUGUAUUUAAAGGAGCCGUAUGUAACAUUGACACCUAGCGGUUGAGCUUGGUAUCGCAGUCCAAAUUCAAAAUAUUUUUUCAAAAGACUAUGCUCACAGGAGUUGCCAGACACUAACAGGAGUGUAAUGGAAAGCAUCAACUCUUAAACUGAGAGUUUAUCUGAUAAUUUAUACGUUUUCAGUGGUUUUGUUGUUUGCAAAUAUAAAUCGAUCAGCAGUUUCAGAGGUUGUGCCUUUCAGAGGUCACAUUUACGGGCUAUAUUGCCGUCUCGUUUAAAUAACUGUAAAAAUAUAUAUAUUAGGCCUACGCCUGGUAAGUUGUAAAAAAUAAUAUAGUAAUUCUUUAAGUUUGCAACGUAAUAGUACCGGAAAGGGUGGAAUCUGCUAUCUCUGACCCAGAUCGUUUGUUUUCUGUAAUAUGUUAUUGUUGCUACUGGUAACCGAGCUGACGAAAUACACUAGUGGAUAAAUCGUCAGUGGGUGGGGUCACACGGACCAAAACAAAAACAGACAUUCCGGCACGGAACGCACAUUUCAGAGUGGAAUAACUGGCUAAAGCAUUGUUUUUUGGACAAAACAAUAUAUGAACUUAGCAUGUUUCCUAAAUGUCUAUGAACAUAUUAAGGUAUUUAUUCGAUUUAAUACAGUAUAAUUAUUACAUAGAGCUUCUUUAAAAUGAAAGUUCAAACCCAUCUCUUUUGUGAAUACCUGACAGACAAAUGAGAAAAAAAUAAAAUAAAAUAACCCUCUCUCUUUCUCUCAACAGGUAGUGGUCUAGCUUUUGUUGAAACUUUGUAUUGGCACCUAUUGCAUUAUUGCUCCUGUUUGACAUAUCGCUUAUUGCUCCUUAAACUCUUUGUAAGUCGCUUUGGAUAAAAGCGUCUGCUAAAUGUAAAUGUAAAAAUACCUCAGCCAAACGAUAUCUGCAUUGUUGCACAUUUUGGUCUUGUAUUUAAACAAAAAUGUUUAAUUGAAGCAAAACAAUUGAAGGGGGAAUCUCAUUAGGAAAUAAAUGUUUUUCUCUAAUAUACUCUGGCCACAAUUAUUAGCCCCCCUUCAUUUUUUUUUCUUCUAGCUCCAUUUGCAAGUGAAGUGCAAGUCUUCUCUUAAAAUGGCUCGUGAGGCUGAAGAAUACAUGACGAGUGAUCUUAGACCCUUCCUCCAUACAGAAUUUCUCCAGAACCUUUGGUGAUCCCUCUUCUUCAGUUCAUCCCACUCAUUUUCUAUAGUGUUCACUGUUCAGAUCAAGGAACUAUAGGAUGGCUAUGGCAUGACUUUGAUUUUGUGCUCAGUAAGUCUUUUUAACCAAUGUGCUGAUGGAAGACCUAACCACGACCCAUUAUAAGAUUUCUAACAGAGCAAGUCAGGCUUAGGUUUUUUUAUCUGCUGGUAUUUGACAUAAUACAUGACGCCAUGUAUCUGAACAAGAUGUCCAGAACCCCUGGUAUAAAAGUAGGACCACAACAAUAAAGAUCAGGUGGUAUAUUUAACUGGAAAAUGGCAUUUUUAUCCCUGUGUGCACCAAACCCAUUUUGUGUUUUUGAUGCCAAUAAACUCCAUUUCAUAUGGCUGUAGACCCCAGUCCUGGUUGAAGUUCCAGAAUGGCAAAUUAAUAUGGUGGAGUUUUUUUUUUGCAUGAGAGCUGUAGAUUUGUUUCUUGAACAGUGUCCCAAACAACAUGUGGUGAUGGAGGUGCAGUUUGCAUUUAUUUUUUUAAUACUUUCUGACCCCGAACUUAAACUUAUUUCUGCAAUUCUCUGUCUGUGAUCCUUAAAGAGUCUUUGGCUACUCAAAAUGAUUCUUCUCACUGUGCAAUGAAGACAAUAGACACACAUUCUCUUUAAGGCAGAUUUAUGUAAUGAUUAAAACUUGAUCAUUGCCCUGAUGUCUGCAAUGAGAAUUUUUAUUGUUUUAACUAUUUCCUUAGUCUUUUUAUUUUGUAUAGCUCAACAAUCUUUUGCUGCACAUCAGGGCCCGUAUUCACAAAACAUUUUAUAUCACCACUAAGAGCUCUCCUAAAGAGCAGUUCACGUUUUUAGUUAAGAGUUUCCUCUUAAAACCUAUUCACAACACUGCUGAGAGCAACUUUUACUAAGGAGCAGAAAGAAAUCUUAAGCUAAGAGAAAGGGCGGGGUUGACCUCGUUGCUAUGGAUGAUGUCAGCAAGCUUGCUGACUAUGACCACAGUGAUUGGCUGAUAGAGGAUGGGUCUCUGUCCGUCCUUUAAUCAUAGAAAUAUUGUAGAAAGAGGUCUCAUGCUGACAUACUUAAAUUGAUAUCUUAAAAUAUAAUUGCUGCCAUAUUCAAAUUAAGAUCAAAUAUAUGCUAAAUUACUAAUUAAACAAGUGAAGUGUUAAUUUUCAAAUAUGUUUUUUAUUGGGCAUUCCAAUUAAUAUAAAUUAAACUGCAGUUGGGUUUUUAUUAAGUGAUAUUGACUCUAGUGCUGUAGUACUCGAGUCCAGUCUCGGACUCGAGUCCGGACUCGAGACGUUUUUUAAUGGUCUCGGACUUGUCUUGGACUCGUUGGUAUUUGAACUCGGACUUGUCUCGGACUUGGUCAUUGGUCUCGAAAAUGUUCUAGUCGGUCUCGUCCGAGUCCAGCGAUAUACGUUUUAUUUUCUCCUUCAAAACAAAACACUGAUAGAGCAAUAUUCUUGUGAUCCGAAAACUAAUGAUCCGAAAACUGUUGCCGACUCUAGAACGAGAGCUGCGCGUGCUCAUAAGUUCUCUUUUCACACAGCAGUUCAGUUCAGUGUGUGCUGUUGUUGUAACUAAAUAACUCUGGUAUAUUGGUUCAAGUCCGCGGGACUGUCAUGCACGCCAGAAAGUGAAUAACUGAAUUAAUUUGUGGAUAAUAUUAAGUGUUUACGGGAGACGCUAAACGGGAACGAUUCAGCUGAACUGGUUCCACCGGUUCACUAAAAAGAAAGAACCGGUUCAAAUGAAUGAUUCGUACGCGGCGCGAACCAGCGUCAAUCAUUCAUCAGGCACGAUGUCAGCGAGCAGCGGCAUAAUACAGAUUGGUUUUACAAACCAUAAUAAAUGUAUCGACAGUGCGCUUAAAAGGAAACCUUUUGCAACAAAACUUUCCCCGAAACGUGGGACAACAUCCAAUUUCGUAAGACACCUGCAAAGGCAUCACAAAGAGAGGUAAGUUAAUGCCAUGUUUCAGAGUUAGCAUUGCAUUUGAGUAUUUUAGAAAGUUUGGAAAGUAGGGCUUAAAGAUAAGAUUGAUCGUAUUUUUUUGUCAUUGUGAUGAACAUGUUAUUUAAGGAUGGGCACCGACGUGCUUAUAAACGUGCUUAUAAACGAGCCGUUGAGCCUCUGCUCUUUCUAGCGGCUCCUCUAUCGAACACGCACAUGCACGGGCAGGCGCGCACACGCACACACACACACACACACACGCACAAAAGUGUUCAUUGCUGCACAACCUUGCUGUUAGGAGGGCUGAUAAAAAAGUUCCUUAAAAAAGUAAUAAACAGUUACACUUCGGCUUUGUGACUUUAGUGCUAUACCUAUAUAGUAAAAAUAAAAUGACCUUAUUUUAUCUGCUUUUUGAUCAUUACAAACAAUAAUGAAAAUGAUUAUCUUAGAAUAGAAGAUAUGCUGUCUCUUGCAUCACAUAAAUUAUCAAUAGUUAAGUAUGUGGUCUUGUAGUCAUGAUUUUUUUCUGUCUCUGUCUUGACUGUCUCAAUUGGACUCGGUCUUGACUUGGACUCGAACCUCUUUGGACUCGGACUUGACUUGGACUCGAACCUCUUUGGACUCGGACUUGACUUGGACUCGAACCUCUUUGGACUCGAACCUCUUUGGACUCGGUCUCGACUAGUCCUGGUCUUGGACUUGUCUUGGACUCGACAAUGGUGGACUUGACUACAGCCCUAAUUGACUCUAAAGGCCAGCUAACAAAAACAUGAUAACACAAUAAAAAAACAUGAUUUUUGAAAUAUUUAAAAACAAGGAGUUAUCAGUUUUUGCAAAUAAACUAUAUGUUCAUGUAAAGUAUAUGUUCAGCUAAUUAUCAGCAUUUUUUGCCUGUCUGCAUCUCAGAAACAGUUAGAAGAUAUUAGUUGUCUUUUAAGCUUAUUGUCAUGGAAUCUUUCUAAAAUGUUUAGGUUUCAAGGCAGACUGCUGUGGCCUGUAUCACGAAGCGAGGUGAACAAACACUGAGUUGCAAAGUUUGAUCCAGAGUUUGUGAGGCGCGUGGACCUGAAAGUGUGACACGUGCGGCAAACAGCCAAUCACACGGAACAUGGAAAGCAUCAUCAGUUUGAUUGACUUCUUGCGAGUAUCAGCACAAUUCACUUUUCUGUUGAAGAUGAAGAGGUCAUUAUGAAAAAAUUUCAUGAAUUGAAGCACAUUUACAAGGCAGGAAUAAACACUGCUGCAGUGAAAGUUUGAGAAGGCAGCUACUGACUAUAUCAAUACAGAAUAAACUGAAUUUAAAUUAUAUAAGUUUACAAUAAGAUCAAAAGAUAAUAUGUAUGUCAUGGUUCUGCUUCUUUUAGUCUUGGAUUUCCUGGUCCUGAGGCAGAGCCAUGACAAAGUCUUUGGUUAUGUGUGGAGAGAAACAUAUUAUUGUCCUUUUGACAAUAAUAUGCGUUCUCUCCAGUGUCUUGUCAUUGGCCCCGCCCCUCUCAUUUCAUGUAUUGCUUUCCUUCCGUGUCUAAUGUUUCCCACCUGCCCUAGCUCGUUAUCCCUCCUUUGUCUUUCCUGUAUAUACCGUCAUGUUUCUUUGUCCUGUGCUCGUGUAUUACGUUGUAUAUGGUGUCGUCGAGUGUAUUUGAUGUAGCCCGUGUUUGCUGUGUUCCUGUGAAAACCACGUCCUGUCUGCUUCCUGUUAUCUUGUUUUCUUGUUUAUAUCCCCAUCGUGGGUGUUUUGUUUUGUACCUUUGUUUUUUGUCAUUAAAUAUAUAUAUCUGUUAACCCCUGAACUGCUGCCUGCAUUUGGGUUCUUCCCUCACACAUCGUGACAGAAUACACGAGCCAUCAUCAAACCCAGUAGGCGGCAUGAACACUGGACAGUCCCACCUAGCUCGCCUCCUCUGCGGACUUCGCCAGGGGAGCGAGAGUGUGGACGAGUAUGUGGAGAGGUUCCUGGAUGUCGCCGAGAAUGGUGUCUUUGGGGAGAAGGAGCUGGCGGUGCUGUUCAACUCCGGUCUCAGGAAUCCACUCUCAAGGGCGGAGAUGAGGGCGUUGAGGCCGUUGGACUUCGACGCCGUGUGGCUGUCUGCCGUGGAGCGGUCGGAGUCCACGGUCUCAACAAGUGCCCGCUACCCAUCUCCGUUGGUCACGAUCCCUGAGGGUGGUUCCCUGCAGAUCGGGGUUGUGGGCAUCGCCACGCCAUCCCCCUCACUCUCGGCAGCCUCUCCACCGUCCACCAGCCUCGUGGGCAAGCGGGGGAGGCGAGCAUCCUGGGAGUCCACCUCCGAAGAGUCCCAGCCGGAGCCAGCCGUGCCUUAUACAUCCUUCCUUCAGCCGACCACCAGGCGGGUGGCUCGGCGGAAGAAAAAGAGGCAGCGUGGACUCCAAUCCAGCAGAUGCAGCAGCCGACGUCCCAGCUGGUGCAGCCGGCGUCCAGUCCGGUGCAGCCAGCGUCCAGUCCCGUGUCCGGUCCCGUGUCCAGUCCCGUGUCCAGUCCCGUGUCCGGUCCCGUGUCCAGUCCCGUGUCCGGUCCCGUGUCCAGUCCCGUGUCCGGUCCCGUGUCCAGUCCCGUCCGGUGCAGCCGGUGUCCCGUCCGGUGCAGCCGGUGUCCCGUCCGGUGCAGCCGGCGUCCCCUCCGGUGAUCCAGCCGGCGUCCAGUCCGGUGAUCCAGCCGGCGUCCCCUUUGGUGAUCCAGCCGGCGUCCAGUCCGGUGCAGCCGGCGCCCAACCUUGCCCAGCUGACUUCCAAGUCGGCGGUCCCCCCCAGGACUUCCUCCCCUAAGUCCCCCAGGACUCCGCGCCCUCGAGCGCAGCCGGGGACUAAGACUGUUCUCCCUUCUCCCCACCCCCAUGGACUGCCCCAUGUGAGCCCUUGUUUGGUCCCACCCCACCUCCCAUGUUUGUUAUUUUUAUUGUCCCACCCAAGUCCCAUUGUUGUUUUGUCUUGUCUGCCCCUGAUUUUGUUCUCCAUGUUUUGUCUGUUCUUGUCUCUAUCUCAGUCUGCCUUGUCUCGUCUGUCUACCCCUUGGUGAGCACCUGGAGGUGCUCAUUAAAGGGGGGGGGGGGCUUCUGUCAUGGUUCUGCUUCUUUUAGUCUUGGAUUUCCUGGUCCUGAGGCAGAGCCAUGACAAAGUCUUUGGUUAUGUGUGGAGAGAAACAUAUUAUUGUCCUUUUGACAAUAAUAUGCGUUCUCUCCAGUGUCUUGUCAUUGGCCCCGCCCCUCUCGGUUCAUGUAUUGCUUUCCUUCUGUGUCUAAUGUUUCCCACCUGCCCUAGCUCGUUAUCCCUCGUUUGUCUUUCCUAUAUAUACCCUCAUGUUUCUUUGUCCUGUGCUCGUGUAUUACGUUGUAUAUGGUGUCGUCGAGUGUAUUUGAUGUAGCCCGUGUUUGCUGUGUUCCUGUGAAAACCCCUGUCAAGUCGAGUUUAGUAAGUCUUUAGUUUAGCUUUUGUCUAGUGUUGUUUAUUUUAGUCUAGUCUAAGUUAGUCUACGUCCUGUCUGCUUCCUGUUAUCUUGUUUUCUUGUUUAUAUCCCCAUCAUGGGUGUUUUGUUUUGUACCUUUGUUUUUUGUCAUUAAAUAUAUAUAUCUGUUAACCCCUGAACUGCUGCCUGCAUUUGGGUUCUUCUGCACACAUCGUGACAAUGUAUGCUUCAUUACUUUAAAAUGCUAUGAUACUAUAAUGAUACAGGCCACCGGUGUAAAAGCCAUUUUUGGAUUGUUGUGAGUUGGUCUUAGUGACUUAGGAGCAGUGUUGGGUAAGUUACUCUGAAAAAUGAAUUACUAGUUACUAAUUACAUAUUCAAUAGUGUAAUUACAUUACUGUACAAAUUACUCUCUCCAAAAAGUAUGUAGUUACUUAUUACUAAUUACUUUCUAUAUCCUAUAUCAACCUUGAUUAGUUAAGUGAUUCAAGGAUAGACAUGAAACGGCUCUUUUUAAUUCAUUCAAAUAAAUAAUAUAAACUACAUAAAGUACUCUUAUUUACUGACCAAAGUAUUACAAAUGUGAGAAUUAUACAUUAAAGCAUUCAUUUUAAAGUUAGACUUUGAAUUUUGAUGUUAAUUCCACUAUUGCACACACAUAUAUUACACAAAGUAGUUUAAUUACAUGAAAAGUAACUGUAAUUAAAUUACAGAAAAAUAAGAGUAAUCCCUUACUUUACUUUGUCAAGUGAAAAGUAAUUCAAUUACAGUAACUAAUUACUUAGUAACUAGUUACACCCAAAACUGCUUAGGAGUCCUCUUCACUACUCCUAACGUUUCACAGAUUUAGGUGCUCGUUUUAGCGCUAAAACUCUUUGUGAAAUAUUCUUAUCGCAAAAUAGGAGUCUGACACGCCCAUUAUUUUUAAAAGUUUCUCCUAAAUCGGCUUAGUUAGGACCUGCUUUAAGCCUCAAGAUGCUUUGUGAAUACGGGUCCUGAACUAUAUUCUUUGGUUUUACCUAUUGUGAUGAAUGAUUAAGGGGGUUUGGGCUUUGUGUUACUUAAUAUUUAUUCUCCUGUGCAACAAGAAGACAUUGUUGUACUGGACUGUUUCUAGUCCCCUUGGUGUGCUAAGAAAAUGUAAAUAUCAAUGGGUAUAUACUUGAGAAUUUUUUUUAAUAAAAGAUCAAAAUGAGAAACAGUGCAGAUAUAUUUUCUUUGCUCAUAUUUACUGAGGGGGCUAAUAUGUUUGUCCCCAACUGUUCACGCAGUUGUGCUCAAAAUGAUCCAUACCCUAGGUAAAUAUGAUCAAGGACACUUGUGAAAAUAAAUCUGCAUUUUUAAUAGUUAAUUUUUUUGAUUUUUUAUUUAAAAAUCAAACUUUUCCUUGGAGCGCAAUCAUUUUGUUUUUUGAUUAAAAUAACAUUAUGAACUAAAUGUUUUUCUUUAAUACACAUAAUUGUAGUUUUCACUUCCUACUGAAUGGAAAUCAAUCUGACGAGACUCACAGAUCAUGUUUAUACAGGACAAACAGUGUCUACACCAGAUCCGUGGUGUGACAUGACACUACUAAAGACAAUAGAACUUAUUAAAAACAAGUCAUUUUUCUCAUCAUCACAUUGUGCCGCAUCCAUUGUGACCAGGUUUACUGAUUAUAAUAGGUUCUAUUGUCUUUUGUCAUGUCCGGUACAGACACAAUGAAAGUUUUUUACCAGUGUGUUACAAUGUAAGCCAUCAGAGUGUCUUGACAGAAACAACAGCGUGGCUUGCUAGACGAUUCAAUGAGAACUGCAGUUUUUCAUGAGACUGUUUUGCCAUGGGGUGUGUUUGGCGUGUGGCGCUGCGCAGAUUGAUCUGCGACAGGCUUAUGUAAAAAAAGUAAUUUUUCUUUUGUAAUUUUACUCCAAAAAGCAAACUUUCUUGUAUUCUAGAUUCAUUACAAGUAAAGUGAAUAUUUCA